GUUCGCUUCGUGCACCUGUGCACCGCGGACGCUGCUUUCGCCAGCGAGGCAGCGAUGCGGAUCGUGGCUCUUUUCUUUAUGCAGGAUUUCGAGCUGGCCAAUCGCAUCGCGCACAGGCUGAUUUUAUACCGGCGUGCGUCUCACAAGGUGAACUUGGCCGUUCAGUUUGCUAUAUGCCGCCAGAGACUUCGGAACCCCAUGCGCUCGCAUCGUCUGUGCUGCAACGCAGUUCGGCUGUUCAAGUAUCUCACGCCGCCUUACGCCGACCACUUCGGCAUGCAAUUGCGGGACCACAUCAUUAGGGGCUUCGAGGUUUUCGAGCGCGCCGCACUGCCUGAUGACCAGCGGCCCGACUAUGGGCUUCGGCGUUUGUACGGCGACGACGUCAUCACGCCGGAGAUCGCCAAGUUGCUGAACGUGGAUUUCCACCGUUUGGAAAUGGCGUGCCCGCCAGGGGCGGAGUUGCGCGAGAUGCGCGGCCUGCUGCAUUCUGAAUUGUAUAGAUCGAUAGUUCGGGUGGAGAACCACCCCGUGGCCCAGGUGACGACCGAGCUUUGUGAUGCAUUAGCGAACCUGCACCACGACGCGAGCCUCGACCUCACUGACACUGUCCUUUCCUUGCUCCGCACGACCGUGCACGUCUGCCUGCGUUUCGGGGAUUACAACGUGUUCAAUUAUCUGUGGGAGAUGACGCUGAAAUACAAUCCGGACGAAUGCGUUAAUGCAUGCGGAGUCUUCUUACGCACUCCAGCGAGCAGAUUGGGCGGCGGGUACGGCGUGCUGCUCCAGUUAGAGGCGUUGCAGUACCCCACCCUCCCAGAGCAGUUGGAUUUCUUGCUGGGGGACUCCGUGCAGGAGGAGCUCGUGGACAUCGUGAACCGCAUGGGGCACGACUCGCUCGACGCGGAGCGUAAGAACCACCAGGACAGGCGCAGCGCCAAGAAUCAUGGGACUACCACCUUGGCCAGGGGUUCCCGCAAUGGGAUGCUCCGUGAGUUCCGGACUUGGAGGCUGCGCCAUCUCAGCGAGGCCGCCCAGAACAAGCGCGUUGAAAAAUACUUGAAAAUGGGGCCAAUGGCCUGCGCAGUUCAGGAGAUGCCGCAUUUGAUGCCGCGCGGCAGGGGCAAAUUGCAUUGGGGGGGUGACGUGCCCACGAGCGUUCAGAAGCAGUUGACAUUCGCUGGUGACCGCGCCGCGCUCGAGCGGUACUUAGCUGAUAAUCGAGAGCGCUUGGCGGCAAAGGCGGCCGCUCUGUGCGCCCGCGCCAAGGCCGCCGCCAUAUGCGGGCCAGCGCUGUUGCCAGUCACGAACAAGAAUUGGCUCGACUGGAUGGCCGCCAACGAAGCGGUCUUCGCCGAGGUGGGGAAUAACAGCUGGGCCGUUGAGCUGCUCCAGGUCCCUGGCGGCCCAGAGGGGGUGCUAAUGCUGGACUGCAAUCGCUUGGACAGGGCGUGCAAGCCCAUGGGAGCCAUCGUUCUCGGCGCAGGCGGGCACUGGCAAGAUGCGGCUGAGCCAGAGAUGUACGCGUUGACGGUAUCCGUCGACCGCGUCGACAAGGGCCGAGUAUACCUGCAGGCAGUGGACCAUAGCUUGAUCGAGGUGGUACCGCCGCCGCCGAAGCGCUCCGGGGCGGACGAUACUCCGUGCGAAGAUAGCAGUUCGGACGACGACGAGGGUGACGCUGAGGCGUCGGAGGUCGACGCCGAAACCGAGGAUGAAGCCAGCUUGCUGGAUGACAUGGAGUCGGCGGCCGACGUGGACAGCGACGCCGUCUCUCAUGGGGGUGGAGAGGAGGGCGAGGCGGAGACUGAGGGCGAUGUGGAUGACGCGGGCGACGCGCCCGCAGAGCCCGUGGCCGCCGGUCCAGCUGGCGCGCUGCCGGGGACACAUGUGUUGUGGAACAACGGCAACUUCUACUUGAGCCACUACGGCGUCGAUGCCAAGAUGUACAUCUGCCCGACGUGGGCGGAGGAUGACCAAAUGGGGCGAAAGCUGAAAUCCAAGACGCAGCAGCUCGCUGAGCAUGGAGGAAUGGAGGCGACCAUUUUCGCUUUGAGGGCGUGGAUGAUAUAUCGUAGUCAGCAGAACGACUGGCAUCGCCGUUGCCCUGCUCGGCUAGCUUGGCAUCGUGGCGAGGUCGCGGCGCUACGUCGCGACAUCCAGGGGUGGGACCUGCGGGCAGCCACGCGCAAUAGACUGCGCGACUGGGCGCCCGAGAUGCUCGCAUAA